AGCACACUAGCUCGGAUUAGGUCGACGACACACAAAAGCAGGUACUUGCUUAACUGCUGUGGUUGAGCAGGCAGAAUAUAUAUAUAUAUAUAUAUCAUAUGUAUAUAUAUAUAUGAUAUAUAAUAUAUACGCAUACAGGAAUUAAAGAGAGAGCAGGCCAACCCGACCUCCCUCCUCCUCCCCCCCGCUCUGACUCUUACUCUCUCUCCUUCCUUCACGACACAAACCGCCAGUUUUAAGUGAGAGCGGACCUGAAUAACCAACUGUCCGUGUUUGUGUGUAUUUGUGUUACAGGCAAGACUUACACACACACACCACUCACCAUCACCACAUCACAUUUACACUGGAUUAGACACACUACUACCCCUGUCAUCCUAACCAAGUGUCCGUAUUAUAGAGACACACACACUGGAAUAGAAAUAUUCUACCCUUGCCACCAGAACUAAAAUCUUGUCAAAGACAGAAUAUUGGAAACUUCAUUUAAAUUACUCCGGUUAAAUUAUAUUCUUCCACAACAAGGAUUAUUAUUAUUAUUAUUAUUACUACUUAUUACCGUGGAUUUACUUGCUACGAAAAGACAGGAAGAUCUACUCCACACGAAAUAGCACGAUUCUUUCACCAACCUUCUGUUUUCCCUUCUGUACCAUUUUUAUAUAAGAUAUAAUAAGGAAAAGGAAGCCUUUAAAUUCCAAAAAAAGGGGAAAACCAUGGGUUGUGCUGUGAGUAGUGUGGACAAGGCUGCCGCCGAGCGGUCUAAGGCCAUUGAUAAAUCAUUGAGAGCAGAAGGAGAACGAUCUGCCCGGGAAGUUAAAUUACUAUUGCUAGGUGCUGGUGAAUCUGGAAAGAGUACAAUUGUAAAACAGAUGAAAAUUAUCCAUGAGAAGGGCUACACUCAAGAAGAAUGCCUUCAGUACAAACCAGUUGUAUACAGCAACAUUAUGCAGUCCAUGAUGGCUAUCAUUCGAGCUAUGGGCUUGCUGAAAAUUAAUUUUGGAUCCUCAGAGGGAGAGAAUGAUGCCAAAACUCUCUUUGAAAUUUCGCAAAAUUCUGAUGAAUGUGACAUGACUCCAGAAUUAUCUGCUCUCUACAUGAGGCUGUGGAGUGAUCCUGGAGUGAUGUCUUGUGUCGCUCGAUCUCGAGAGUACCAACUCAACGAUUCAGCUCAAUACUACCUAAAUGCCUUGGAGAGAAUAUCGCAACCAAAUUAUAUACCAAAUGUACAGGAUGUUCUACGCACGCGAGUGAAGACAACUGGAAUCGUAGAGACACAUUUUACAUUCAAGGAAUUACGCUUUAAAAUGUUUGAUGUUGGAGGUCAACGAUCUGAGAGGAAGAAAUGGAUUCACUGUUUUGAAGGUGUCACAGCUAUAAUCUUCAUUGUGGCCAUGAGUGAAUAUGACUUGAUGUUAGCUGAGGACCAAGAAAUGAACCGAAUGAUGGAAAGUAUGAAAUUAUUUGACUCAAUCUGCAACAAUAAAUGGUUUUUGGACACUUCCAUUAUGCUCUUCCUCAACAAGAAAGAUUUAUUCGAAGACAAAAUCAAAAACUCUCCUCUCACAACUUGCUUCCCAGAGUACGAAGGCGGCAAUACUUACGAAGAGUCCGCAGCUUACAUACAACUCCAGUUUGAAAACCUAAACAAACGGAAAGAGGAGAAGGAAAUCUACACGCACUUCACUUGUGCCACAGACACCAAUAACGUCCAGUUUGUGUUUGAUGUGGUCACUGAUGUUAUUAUCAAGAAUAAUUUGAAAGACUGUGGUCUCUUUUAAAGUUGGUUUCCAUAAACUUGCUAACUAUUGACCAGCCAGGUGACCAGCCAUUUGUGACCCACAGAUACUAUCACCAUGAUUACUACUUCUGCUACUACUACAACUAUUACAAUAGAGAAAGGACUUGAGAAGAACUUUACUUUUUAUAUAUGAAUAUGUAUGUGUGUGUAUAUAUAUAUGCAUGCACAUAUAUAUUUAUAUCUGAAUAAAUGUA